AUUUGUGCUGGCCGCCACUCAAGCCUUUUUCUCUCGUGUGUGAUGCUGUUGCUCCGCUGUUUUCUCAGUGCUGUUUUUCUCAUUGCAUUUUUUGACUUUAUUGGAUCCUCAUUUUCACAUUUGGGCUCCCUUUUCACAUAUGGGCAGGUACAAGAGAAUUCUACCUCAACAACGACCAUUGCAACCACCACAACAACUACCACGUCUACCACAACAACCACCAGCAGCUCGACGACAACCACUACUACUACACGUGUCAGAAAAUUUAUAGCAGCCGCUGUCCACUCUCACUUCGAUGACUGCCCUGACACCCACAGCCACUUCUGUUUUCACGGCACGUGCCGAUUUCUCAUCCUGGAAGAAACGCCUGCGUGUGUAUGUCAUCCUGGCUUUAUGGGUAUGCGAUGUGAACAUGCAGACCUCUUAGCAGUGGUGGCGUCUAACCACAGGCAGCAGACUGUGGCCACCAUGCUGGUGUUGUGUGUGGUGGGCAGUGUCCUACUCAUGCUGCUCUGCACUUUACUAAAUUGUUGGUGGAGACGGGGUGGUUGUGGGCGAGGUAACACCAUUUCGUGUUGGUCGGAGAAGCCUAGGAGUAUUCUGACGGGUGGGACAUCCUGCUGUCACUCCGAAACAGAAAAUGUUCCUUAUGCACAAGUGGUUUGACAUGCAUUAUCUGGAGUUAUCCUCCACCUUACUCCUGGACUGUGUUUCACCAGCUACAGACUCACACAGUUGGUAAGCACAGCGCAUAUUGAGAGCAUUUCGAUGUGGUCAGUGGGAGAAGCCAAUCAAACGUGGAACUUUUACAUUCGGACAGACUGAGUCGUUUCAAAAAGGAUGUUUUUGGAACAACAACAGCAAUGACAAGAGUUAAAGAUGAAACUCAAAAACUGAGAAACUCUGAAAGAAGAACUCAGAAAAAGCUACAUGGAAAUCAACUACAGGAUCCAGUGAUGUAGAGACAGGGCCCUUUUGAAAAAUAUACGGAUCAAUGGCUAGAAACAACUGAUCUGGAAGUGAAAAACGAUGAGAGAGGUUUUAGAGAAACCAUUCUUACUAACAGAGCUUAUCUUAAAGCUAUAAAUAUCCUUAUAGAUGUAUAAGACGACAUUCUACCGGUUUUGGUCUUUUAAAAUUCCGUUAUUAUAAAAAGGCUUAUAAUAUGCCUUUAAUGGGAUGUGCAACUCACUAAAAAGUAGUUUAACACAACCUUUUAACAAUGGUAUAAUAACACAUUUUCUGUAUCACAUUAUGGAUAAAGAACGGGUGAUUUGUUUUGUGACAAUUUAAGUCAGCCAAUUAGCAUGUAAUAAUAGAACUACAACUUUUGCCAAUUUAUUUUAACUUGAUCUCCUUAUAACAAUGAUAACAAAUCGGCAAACACGAGAGACUAUUGACGACUCUGAGGGACAAAUAUGAUCUCUUGCACAUUAUAACACUUUUACCCCAAUGGAAAUCAGUAUUUUAUGUAUUUAUUUAUCCAAAAACUGGAAAUUUAUGGUGAAAAUUUCACAAUUAUGACAUGUAACUUUAUCAGUUACGCAUAGAUUCACAAAUUCAACUCAAUAUUUCCUUCAUGCACCGAAAGUGCUUGCUAUCAAAGAUCGGUAAGGUAAAUGGUUUGUUAAUGGAGCCUCUGUGUGUGCACUUUUUUCAGCAGCGGUGUGGCAUCACAUGACAUCUACAUGUUCACAUUGGAAUGAUUGGAUGCAUGCAUGUCUGAUCACAUAAUUGCACGUAUUUCACUGUGCACUUUUGCAGUGUACAUUUCAGACACUGUUAACACGAUCAUCUUUAAAUCUGCACUUUACGUUUUUUAUGAUGGAUGUUGGUGAUGGCUAUUCACGCACUGAUAACUUCAUUGGGUCAUUGCAUGCAGAGGCUCAAAGCCAUGGUUAUAGCAAUAAUAAUGGAUGAUAUUCAGUUUGAAGCACAUUAUCCUUUUCAACUUAUUAUGUAAGAUAUAUGGAAGCUUUUACACUGAAAUGUUUUAAACCGUGUGUUAAUUUUGUUCUUGUUAUCUUAUCUGUCCCCAAGCUUUUGCCAAUGAUCUCAUGUUAUAAAAAAAUGUUGAUUAACUCCUUUGGAAGGAAUUUCCAGUAUAAUAUUUAUAUAUCUUUAUACGAGGUGCCGUUCCAAAUAGAAAAUAUGCCAUUGAUAAAGCACAAAAAAGAGAGAACUUAACCUGGUCGGCUUAUUGGCUGUCUUCUGGUCUGAUCCAUGUGUGGAGAAUCAUAGGAGUUUUAUAUAAUAAUCCCAAAAGCAUGUGUAAAUUACAGGAUUUUCGUCAAAAUUCAAAAUUAAACACUGGAUAUUUUUGAGUUAUGGUCUUUAAAUGAUCAGCCUGAAAGAACAGAUUCAAGAUGGUUUAUCAAUUGAUCUAUUGAAUGAAUCUGCCACUUAAUUAAAAACAUUUGAUUUAUAUGCAACUAAAUGUGAUUGAUUGAAUGGAUUGAGGAUUACAUUUAUGUAAAAAGAAAAUGUUUGAGUUCAAUGAAUGAGAAGAAAAUGUGCAUAUUUGUGUUUGACUUCGGACUGAUCAAAUUUAUUUUUGUUUGUUUUUUUGAGAGGACUUUGGUUAAAAUGCUAAAGUAAGUAUUGGGUAUUUUGGACUGAACAGUUUUGUAACAUGCAGUCAUUGCAUAUCUUCCAGACGUUGAAUUGCAGUCAGCUGUGAUGACAAUGUCAAACUCGUAGAAUAACGGAUGCACUGAAUUGGCCUUUGCACCAAAGAUGAUGCUUGCAUUUCUAGCUUUGUUCCAACUGAAUCGCAUUUAAACCUGGUUAUCUGCUUAUUGACUGACAUUUAUGUAUCAUAUAUUGUAAACACCAAUCGUCUUUCUCUUUAAAAUGCUGUCUUGUUUCAUGUUGGUGGGAAAAUCCUUUGUAAAUAGUGCGUGGGAAUAUUGUUUUGGUUGUACUGUAUAUGGAGAACGAGGUGUUUUCUUGACUGUCACUGAUCAUCAGUUAAGCAUGAAGGUUAGAGGUAGAUGAUUCCAAUAUGACUGACGCAUGCUUGGCUGUAUGACAUUUUGAGUGUUUUGACCUCUUUGUCUAAGUUUGCAUAUUUUUCCAAAUAACACAAAGUGCUGCAAA